GGGAUGGAAUUUGAAUACGAGCCGCUGUCUGAACACAUGCAUCCAUUAUUUCUGCAAGCCAGUCUCACUUCAACAUGAUGCGCUCUCGUCUACAGCAUGCAUCUCUCUCCUCAUUUGUGAGGUGGACCCACUGAGGCGUUUCUGAGAAUACAGUAUCACCUGACGACUUCUACCUGGCAUCGGCUUAAGGACAGAUGAUGAUGAUAGAGGAGGAUGAAGCGGAGGCUCAUCAGGUGGAUAUGGAGUCGAAUUUGGUCAGCAGACCUCGUUCAUGCAUCUGGACGAACGACUUCUCGUGUGAGGUGAACGCGGAUCUGUCGCUUAAUUUCUCAAUUUUUAAAGUAGAUUCGGACCAUGUUCCAUCACCGGCGUGCAGGAGGAGGAGGAGGAUGCUGGAUACCGGAGGAUUUCACGACUUUACGGGAGCUGCGCUGCGCAAAACCAAGGCAUCCUCCCGGCGGAACGCGUGGGGAAACCAGUCCUACGCGGAGCUCAUCACCCGAGCCAUCGAGAGCACACCCGAGAAAAGACUCACCCUGUCUCAGAUCUACGACUGGAUGGUCCGAUAUGUGCCCUAUUUCAAAGAUAAAGGAGACAGCAACAGCUCUGCCGGAUGGAAGAACUCCAUCCGCCACAAUUUGUCCCUGCACACACGUUUCAUCCGUGUGCAGAAUGAGGGAACUGGCAAGAGUUCCUGGUGGAUGCUGAAUCCAGAUGGAGGGAAGCUGGCAAAAGCUCCUCGCCGUAGAGCUGUCUCAAUGGGCAAUGGCAACAAGCACUUAAAGAGCAAAGGGCGAGUGAACCGUAAGAAAAUGGUUAGGAAAGCAGAGCAGGGUACAGAGGCAUUUUUGGGGUUCUGUAGCUCUCCAGAGCAUUGCAGUCCCUCUAGGAAGUCUGGAACUGGUGGUGUGGUGGCUAGGGAGGAGUUUGAGACCUGGACAGAUCUCCAUUCACAAGGCAGCUCUUCAGCGUCAACUCUUAGUGGUCGUCUAUCACCAAUUCUAGCCGAGGGGGAAUUGGGGGAACCUGAAGCAGAGAGGAUAUCCUGUUCGGCAUCUCCACACCUGUACCCCAGUCCCUCCAGUGCCCACUCACCUGCAUCACACUGUCCUGCAGAUCUCAGAGCAACAGUCAGCUACCAGCAGCACCAAUCCCCAUGUCAUAAACAGCCUUCUUACCAAUACACCAGUGAAAUGAAGGGCCAGGACUCUAGCUGCGAGACAGUUUAUGGCCAGCCAGAUGUGGGCAUGGUUCGGCACAAUUCCUCCAUGCAGAAUAUUGAGGAGAGCUCCAGUAGCAUGCAGGCCUACAAGGGCUCAAGCACUCUCCAGAGUUUGCUGACCACAGGACCCCAGUUCCUUGUCAAGGACAUGAUACUUGGAAAAGAGAAUGGGGUCAACUCAAUCUUGGUUGCUCAAGGAUCCAAAGAUCUGCAUCACAGUGAGAAUAAUGACCCUACCACUAACCCUUCCUCCAAACCAUUUCACAGACACAGCAUUAUUCAGAAUUUGGGCCAGGACCAUCAGCCUGCAUUGGUCCACUCUCAGCCCAGUAAUGGACACAUGCAGUCGUACAUACACAAUGCCCCUUACCUAUAUAGUCCCACAGUCAAUGCACAUCUUCCGGCAUCCACCACUCUUCCCCAAAACCCUGCAGGCAUGCAGGGAAUCUCACAGGACUCCUGCCACCUUGCUACAGCUUCAUACCCACAAUGCCAUUCCUAUAUUUACACAGAUCCAUAUCAGCACAGUAUGGAAUAUGGACUGUACCACCAAAAUCAGGGGACGGGGACAGGUUGCCACAACUACCACCACCCUCAUCAGCUCUACCCACGCGAGCGGCUGCCAGCAGACCUGGAUAUGGAUGUAUUCUACAGCAGCCUAGACUGUGACAUGGAGUCUAUACUCUUACAUGACAUUAUAGACCCAGGAGAAGAGAUUGAUUUCAAUUUUGAUUCCUCACUGGCACAAGGAAUGGGCAUGGGAUUUGGAUUUAUGGGCACACAGCAGAGCCACAGCAAACAGAGCUGGGUUCCUGGAUAAAUGCCACAGAAUCAUUGAAGAAUGUUUGCUUAAGACAUAACUACCUACUGUACAUGCCAGCCAGCAGUGGAGUCCCAACACUCCACCACAAUUCAGGGUGAAUACACUGUGCUGACACUGAAAUGAAAUCAAGAUAGAAGUCUCUCUUUUGAAAAUUGACUUAAAAUUUAUGUUGUCUGUUUAUUACUGCUUGUAUGUCCAUGUUCUAUCUAUGUUGUUUGUCCGUGUAUUGAAAACUAUUCUGUUCCACUUUGUUCCAUUUGCUGUGAGUGAAACUCCUUUAGUUUUGCUGACUGAACCAUGAUGACAAUCUAAGCUAUGUUACCCAACACUGUUUUGUUCUUCAGUCAAAUCUAUCUUGUGCACUUUAACUACAUUAAACAAAUCCAUGUUUAUAAUUUCACCCUCAGAAAGAAGGAAUGCUUGGGACUCAAAAGUAGCAAAACCUGGACCUGUAUCAAUUUUAUUAAACAAUUCCUAAUGGGUGCUACAAACUGCUAUGUGUAUGUGGUGUCUCAAUGAUUACUCAUUCUUAUUCUCCAUCCCAAACAUGUCUCUUGUCCUCUUGAACAAAGCAAGUGGCUAUUUAGUGGGGUCUGCCCUUGUGUCAAAAAGUCUUAUUUUAUUCCUCUAAAUUUGUAUCUAACUCCAUCUCAACAUGUCUAAACACCAUUCUUUAUUCAGGUGCUGGGGCAGCAGGAAAUGCUUAAUACAUUAUUAUUAUUUUAUUUACUUAUUUAUUUAGUUAGUUAAUUUGAUUUUUGUGAUCAAUUGACCAGUUUACCUCCUUGUGAUUUUAAACCCACAAGCAUAGAUCAUAUCCUGUUGAUGCUUUAUAACUGUAGUGCUGCUCUAAAUAGCUCACUGCAUUACAAAAUUCUGAAAGGAAACUCUACUAUGAGAUUUCUAAACUAUUGGUAUGUUGAUACAGACAUAUGAUAAAUAAAAGACAACAGUCUAUGAAACUGAUGCGUCAGAGAGACUCUUUCGAGAUCUUUGUGUCUGUGUCCUGAUAUUUCAUGUUGCUUUCUGUGUUUGAAACAGAAUCUUUGUUUUGUCACUGUAUUCUGACUCUUAUUUUGUACAAACAAUAUAUUGAGAAUAUUGUUUUAUAGUUUUUAAAACGUUAAAAGAUGUUUACUGAUUUCAUUGCUUAUUUCUUUUUUAAGAGAAUGUUUUCAUCAUUUGUUGACUGCUAAAUAAAUGAGAAGAUAAU